GCGGCGAACGCGUCAACAGGCUCCCAAGGGGCGGCAAAUGGAGGAUCGCCUUCCACAUACUUUGAGCAACAGAGAGCGAUACUCGUUGGGGAGAUAUCUCAGAGUUUGGAACAUACCCUACAGAACCUGAACAAACUGAACCUCAGUCUGGAGAGCGUUAUCCAGGUUGGUAACGAGCUUGGAUCGGUGGAAGCGCUAUGGAGCCAGUUUGAGAACUUCAUGGGCAAGGAGGAGCAGCGGGAGGACCAGGCAGAUGAGACGGCCGUGAAAGAGGAAGAGGAG